AUGUCGAGUUCACAGAGUCGAAGCGUGCCACUGGUGAACAGAUCACCUGCCAAACGGCCAGUUUCCUCUACUCCACGAUCCCCUCUGGCUUCACCCAAUAAAUCACCGUCAAAAUCGAGGAGUGGGAGGCUGAGUCGUGCCGUCAGUAGAUUAUCAGUUUCAGAUUCGAUAGAUAUCUUCGAAUCACCAUCAGUACUUCUGGAAAUCAGUCAGACUGUUGUCAAAGCAGGGUUCCCUGGUGAUGCGGUUCCUCAGGUCACUUAUCAUACAGAUAUCCCUCUUUGGAAUAGACCUGAUGAUGAAUCGGCAGAUAUCCCUCCCGUUCGCUUGUAUUUAUUAAAUGUGCUACAAGAGAUUCUCAUCCAGUCGCUGCUGGUAACUCCAAAAAGUAUCUCUGUGUUUGUCCUUGAAAGCCCUCUAAUAUCCAAUACGUUUAAACAACUAAUUGGACAAGUCCUUCUUCUGGAUCUACAAGUCAAAUCAGUCACUUUUCAACCUUUGGCUGUAAAUGCAGUAGUAGGUGCUGGUGCGUCAUGUGGACUAGUGAUAGAUCUUGGAUGGGACGAAGCAGCCAUGAUCCCUGUUUAUGAUUUAAGAGAAUUGUCCAGUAAGGCCCGUUUCACCACCCGGUCCACUAAAAAGCUGUUUCAUAAGUACAGAGACACUGCAUUGGCAGAAUCUAAACCAUUCACGACUUGGCGUGAGUUCCGGCAUCAAACAUUAGCAUCGACAUUUUCCACGAGUGAAAUAACGGAAUUGGCACAAGAACUCUUCAUAAAACAGAACGAGCCUUACCCCGAUGAUGACAACUUAUCAUUACCCCUAGUGAUUUCGAAAUUAAUAGGCAGCCUCGACGCCAACCUUCGUGGGCCAUGCUCAGAAAACAUAGUCUUCACUGGAGGGCUGCAACUCCCCCCUGAAAUUUACAUCUCAAUCAUCAACGAAGUACAGACGUCCUGGCCCAAAGCGAGACUAAUCCACAGCAUCGGAAGCUGGGCUGGCGCCAGCGCAUAUUUAUCCUCCAUCAUAGCGUAUCACUCGCAACUUCACUAA